AUGGCAAACUUAUCAGUGAAGAAAGUUGAGGUCUGCAGGGUGGCACCAAAACCAGGUUCACCAGAGAACCAAUCACUUCCUCUAACACUUUUCGACUUAUUCUGGCUCCGGUUUCCACCCGUAGAACGCCUCUACUUCUACCAAACCUCUUCCACCGAUUCCGUACUUUCCCAACUCAAAACCUCCCUCUCUUUAGCUCUCCAACACUUCCCACCUCUAGCCGGAAACCUCAUCUGGCCCCAAGACUCCCUCAAACCCCUUCUUAGCUACGUUCAAGGCGACGCGGUCUCAGUCACCGUAGCUGAGUCCGAUGCUGAUUUCGACCACCUUAUAAACAGUGUAUUUCUUGCAGCCAAAGAUUUUAGUCAUCUUGUUCCUCAGGUGGAUGUCACUGAUGAGAGAGCCGCCGCGAUGGCAUUGCAAAUCACUGUCUUUCCCAACCGAGGCUUCUCUAUCGGAACGGCCAUGCACCACGCAGUCCUUGACGGAAAAACUUCGACUUCGUUUGUCAAAGCAUGGGCUUAUAUAUGCAAGCAUGAAGAAUUAAAAAUACGUGUUUCAUUUUCAGAAUGAAUUCAUUUUCAUUCACGUUUUUAGCAUAAUUAAUUUUUAUAUUAUGGUCGUCAAAAUACGUGUUUCAUCUUCUCGGUAGACUCCAGGUCCAGGUUGGACCCUCCAAUACCCGCAACGUAUUUUGGAAACUGCAUAGUGGGUCGUGUAGCAGUUGCAGAAACCAAGGGGCUGUUGAGUGAAGAUGGACUGGUUGUAGCUGUAAGUGCAAUUACAGAAGCUCUAAGAAGCUUGGAGAAAGGGGUUUUGGAUGGGGCAGAAGAUUGGGUUUCGAACUUUCUUGAUUUUUCGCUGUAUGAUAGGAUAUAUGCGAUUGCAGGGUCACAUAGGUUUGAGGUUUAUGAUACUGAUUUUGGAUGGGGAAGGCCAAAGAGGGUUGAGGUCAUCUCCAUUGAUAAGACGAGUGCCAUUUCUCUUUCGGAUAGUAAGAAUGGUGGUGGAGGUGUUGAGGUUGGCUUGGUUUUGAAGAAACACUAUAUGGAGGCCUUUGAUGCUCUGUUUUCUAGCCUAGUGCAUUAGUCUGGACCAAGAAAAACAUGGAUUUCGCAAUUCUCAGUCACAGAUGUCCUUGGUUUUUUGUGCUUUCUUUUAUCAUUAGUCAUUUGGAUCUCUAUUACUUCCAUUUUCGUUAAGACAUGUGACCUAGAGGCAUGGCUACUCAUUCUCAUUAUGUUGUUUAAUAAUAUGUUUUAUUUAUUUAUUU